CAAACCUGGAUUUGUCCUUUGUGUGGGUAUAACGGUUCAUACUGCCUCGAAGUGUUGCGUCGUGCGCCAGUUUGUUUUUUCUUUAUGGAGAUUAAAAACCUUACGCUCAACGUCCUUGGUGAAGAGUAUAACGGUUCAUACUGCCUCGAAGUGUUGCGGUCGACGCCUAACAUAGAAUUCGAUUCCGGGAUGCUUUUAGGAAUGAUUGUCGCAGGUAGUAUUGAUCACAAAUCUUUAAUGCCAAUAAAGAAAAAGAAUCUUAUUCGAUCACAAAGGUUUAGUCGAGAUAAAACAAGAGGUUUUUCAACAGUUCCUGCAUAUGAUAAAUUAAAGGACGUUGCUC